ACAGCUUUCCUGGCCCAGGCCCCAGCCAGCUCAGGCCACUGCAGUCCAAGAUCAGCAUGGCUGUCCGCCUGUGGGUAGUUACCCUGGCCUUGGCUGCCCUUUUCAUUGUGGACAGGGAAGGACCAGUGUCGGCAGAAAAGCCCGUUUUCUCAAGACUGCCACUCUGUGAGCACAUGGCAGAGCCUCCUAAAUGUCCCCUGACAUACAACCCAGUCUGCGGCACUGACGGGGUCACGUAUGACAAUGAAUGCAAGCUCUGCGUGCUCCGGAUAAACACCAAACAGGACAUCCAGAUCGUGAAGGAUGGCCAAUGCUGACCACACAGGAGCUCCUUAAGCCAUGAAGCUUCAGGCUGGAGAAUGGUGGUGGGCGUGGAGAUGAUAUGACAUGAAAUAAAAGAUCCAGCCCAACCCCGCCAAGUGGGUCA